AUGGUGGAACCGAGGCUUGCGUGUGCUUCGAUCUGCUUGCCGUCGACAACGAAAGUGCCGUGGAAAACGGGAUUUUUCUCCAAAACCUGCUGCGCAGCUAUUUUGAACCGCUCGUUUCCCAGUUUGCGCAGCUCCGGCGAGUCGGAGUCGGCAACCAGACACGCGUGGAGUCCCCAGGAGCCCACGACAAAGAAGUUAAGGGUGGUGGCUGCGAAGGAAGGCCCGUCCGGCAGGACAACUUGCGAGCCGGGCUCAAACACCGCCUGGUACGUGCGCAGAGGAUGUAUUUUGCCCGACGUAAGCGCGGAAACAGCAGAAACGACGUUCGACAGACCAAUUGAGUGUGCAAACGCGUUGCCUGUACCGAGCGGGACGUUGAGAAUGGUCACAUCGACCGAAUCAGCCACGGAGUUGAUGAGCUCCGAGAUGGUGGUGUCUCCAGACAGAACAAUGAGCAGAGUCUUCUCAGAUCCGAGCGAGUGGCCGUACUGUUCAACAGACUUAGCAGAAGUGGUGGCGAUGUACCGGUGCGACAGGUCCCAGGAGGAAAACAGGGGCUGGAGCAGCUGUUUGUAUAGGUCUUUCGACGGAACACGGGUGCCAGACUUGACGGAGUCCAGAACGACGAUCUGGGUGUUUAGAAGAUGGCUUGGCGGUGGAGCGGUGUUUGUGGAUUCCUGUGGGGUCCAGAGAUACUCGGUCUCUGUCUCAGACACCAGGACAGGACCAGUUCCGGUAGUGAUUAUGCGUUCUGCAAACAAAAAGUUGGUCACAAAGAGAAAAAAAUACCCGUUUAUUUUCUUAUUCACCAUGGAGUCCCUAGCCCGCCAAUCUAAGGCCGUUUGCCCCUUCAUGAAACAGAAGUCUGCCUCUGCUCUCAGACAGAUGGCCCAGAACUCGUCGCUUGCCCUCAAGGCGCACGGUUGUCCUGUUAUGGGACCUGCUCUCGAAUCAAAGCGUUCGUACAGUACUCCUUCUAAGCCGCUUCACGCUCAGGCCAGCGACGCCCUGCCAGGUACCGCUGCUUCUGCCGAGCCGGCCAACCCGCUUUUCAUCCACAAGUCUUCGAACGAGUCGGGCUUUGACUACGAGUCGGCUUUUGAAGAGCAGGUGAACGAAAAGAGAAAGGACAAGUCGUACCGGUUCUUCAACAACAUCAACAGACUCGCCAAGGAGUUCCCUAAGGCCCAUUUGGCCAAGGAGGACGACAAGGUGAUGGUCUGGUGUUCCAACGAUUAUUUGGGAAUGGGUAAGAACCAGGAGAUCUUGGAAACCAUGAACACCACCAUGUUGAAAUAUGGUACCGGUGCCGGCGGAACCCGGAACAUUGCUGGUCAUAACAGACAUGCAAUUGCUCUGGAGGCCGAGCUGGCUGCUCUGCACAAAAAGGAGGGUGCCUUGGUGUUCUCGUCGUGUUUUGUUGCCAACGAUGCGAUUCUUUCUCUGUUGGGCCAGAAAUUCAAAGAUCUGGUCAUUUUCUCGGACGCUUUGAACCAUGCGUCGAUGAUUGUGGGAAUCCGCAACUCCAGAGCAAGAAAGCACAUCUUCAAACACAACAAUUUGGAGGAGUUGGAGGCCAUGUUGGCUCAGUACCCUAAAUCCACUCCAAAACUGAUUGCGUUUGAGAGUGUCUACUCCAUGUGUGGUUCUGUUGCUCCUAUUGAGAAGAUCUGUGAUCUGGCCGACAAGUACGGUGCUCUCACUUUCUUGGACGAGGUCCAUGCCGUCGGUAUGUACGGUCCUCAUGGAGCUGGUGUUGCCGAACAUUUGGACUUUGAGGCCCACUUGAAAGCCGGUAUUGCUUCUCCUGACCACACCACCGUGAUGGACCGUAUUGAUAUCAUCACCGGUACUCUGGGUAAGUCUUUUGGAACUGUUGGUGGCUAUGUUGCAGCCUCCGGUAAGAUGGUGGACUGGAUCCGGUCGUUUGCUCCAGGAUUCAUCUUCACCACGACUCUGCCUCCUGCUCUGAUGGCCGGAACCACCGCCUCCAUCAGAAUCGUGAGAAAGAACAUUGAGGACAGAAUUGGCCAGCAGAAGAAUGUCAGAUACGUGAAGCAGCAGUUUGAGAAUCUGGGCAUUCCUGUUAUUCCUAAUCCGUCCCAUAUUGUUCCGUUGCUUGUUGGUAACGCUGCCGAGGCCAAACAGGCUUCGGACAUUCUGUUGGACCAGCACAAGAUCUACGUGCAGGCCAUCAACUUCCCUACUGUUGCUAGAGGCGAGGAGCGGUUGAGAAUCACUCCGUCUCCUCACCACUCAAAGGACAUCUCCGACGUUUUGAUCGAGGCUGUUGACAACGUCUGGAGCAAGAUCGGUUUGAAGAGAGUUCCCGAAUGGGAGCGUUCUGGCGGUCUGUGUGGUGUUGGCUCUCCUGUUCCACGGGAGGACAACUUGUGGACCGACAAGCAGUUGCAACUGACCAACACGGACUUGAACACCAAUGUGAUCGACCCUGUGAUUGAGCAGUUGCACACCUCUUCCGUACUUAAGGUGGCUCUCGAGGUUGGAGAGUCUGAACUCGCACCAGUCGCGGUAGAACUCGUUGUACUUGGCACGAGGCAAGAUCGAUGGCUUGGUGGUGGUGAGCAGAUUGUUGUCGAGCUUUUCUGGGCCGGCAAGACAGUAGCCACCCACAGCGGUGAUUCUGUUGGAGUUGGUGACCGGUUUCGUGGCCACGUGACGCAGAACCAUGCCCUGGAUCAGCGUAGCGUAGCCGAUCUUUGGGUCCGGGACACGGAACACCUUGUUGUCGCCGGUGAUGAUUCCGGUCUCGCCGCCGAUCGCGUUGUCGCCAAUGUCCAGCAUGAUCACCAGAGCAAACGCAGACGAGUCUCCAAACGAGUGGCAUUGGUGGCCAAGUUUGGCAAACGAGCGUACUCCUCAAUCACUUCGGGCAACAUGGCCUCCCAAAGCAACAUGUCCACGGCCUCCUGCGAAAUCAACGGGAACGGGAAAGCGGCGCCAAACUCGCAAACUUUCGGAACACGUGUCCGGUUGAUGUUCAGCUCCUCCAAAGUGCACUGCUUGGUCGUCUUGUAG